GUCUGCUAAUAAAGAAGAAUUAUUAAGAGCAUAUCAUGAAGAACGAGCUAGACUAGAGGAUCAAAUAGAAAGAAUGAGGAAAGCUAAUAAAGUAUUAAUGGAGAAAGUAAAUGCUUAUAAGUCAGGAACUACACCUGUAAUUGACACUCCUAGGUUGUCACCCAGCGUCAGGAAACCUCAGCAUCCUUUACCUCCCAGUAUUGCUGAACGUCCAGGCUUUACUAUUGCACCAGUGGUACAGAGUGAUGGUGAUGGCAUGUUAGUAGUAUCAAAGACUGAGGGAAUCACUCCUGCUCACCAUACUGAUAGUGAUAGUGUUCCUGAUGAUAGUCCUGCUUUUAUCUCUAAAGAAGAAAUGGCUAGGAUGUUUAAAUCAUAUAAUCAACAAGGCAGCAGUGAUUGGAGUCAGUCACCUCAACAGGUUGAAGACUCAUCAUUAGCAGCACAAAAAGUGCAACCAACAGAAGAAUCAUUAGUUGCUGAACAAAAGAGACAAGAAUUAGCAAGGAAAGCUGAUGAUGCAUUGCUUGAAGUUGAUCGUAUGAGAAGACAAGCAGAUCUCAAGCAGAAACCAGUACACCAACAAACCAACAAUGAUUCCGAUACACAAGAUGAAUCAAGACCAAAGGGUCAACUGACAAAAGAAAUAGAAGAAAUGGCUGAUGAAGUACGUAAAGCAAGUAGAGGGCCAAACACAGAUGAGGUUAUAUUUAAUGAUGAUCCAAAUGAUGACAGGCCCUACGAUCCUAACCUGGUCUGUCCAAGAUGUGGAAAACAGUAUCGUGUAGGGGAAAUACAAAAGCUUAGACGCCACAUAAAUGAAUUUUGUACUGGAAUAAGAUAAUAAUAAUAAUUAAUAUUAGUGUUGUAAUAAUGGUUAAUUUUACAUUGUAACUUAUUUUAGAUUA